AAAACAAAAACGCAUGCGGUUGACCAAAAUAAUGGUGUGGUGUCUGUUGCUCAUAAAUUCUAUAGUUUACUUGGCUUUGUCGUUUUGCUGGUUGCUUGUCGCCCCCACCAUUCCAAAAGUAUAUCAUUAUGUGUCCCUCUCUGCUGCUCUACUCCCAUACCGUUUUCAGCUCUUCGACAAUGUUGCUGGUCAAUGCCCAAACCCUAGCCCGGACCAUGUUCCCCAUUGACGACAUCGUCUUCGAGCCCGAUGACAUUGCGUUCGGUACUCUCUGGUGGUUCGUCUACGCUGGGGUUUCCUGCCUCCUUGUGCUUUUCGCAGGGAUCAUGUCAGGCCUCACCUUGGGCUUGAUGUCUCUUGGCCUUGUUGAGCUUGAAAUUUUACAGAGGAGUGGCUCCUCCACUGAGAAGAAGCAAGCUGCUGCUAUCCUACCAGUGGUCAAGAAACAACACCAACUUCUUGUGACUCUGCUUCUAUGUAAUGCUUGUGCUAUGGAGGCGCUUCCUAUAUACCUUGACAAAAUUUUUCAUCCCUUUGUGGCUGUUCUGCUGUCUGUUACGUUUGUCCUUGCUUUUGGGGAGAUCAUUCCGCAAGCCAUAUGUUCAAGAUAUGGACUUUUUGUUGGUGCAAAUUUUGUGUGGUUAGUUCGAAUCUUGAUGAUAAUCUGUUAUCCGAUUGCUUACCCGAUAGGGAAGGUUCUGGAUGUUGCACUAGGACACAAUGAUGCUCUGUUUAGACGAGCUCAGCUCAAGGCACUUGUCUCUAUCCAUAGUCAGGAGGCUGGCAAGGGUGGUGAACUUACGCAUGAUGAAACGACAAUUAUCAGUGGAGCAUUAGAUCUAACUGAAAAGACUGCAGAGGAGGCUAUGACACCUAUUGAGUCAACAUUUUCUUUAGAUGUCAAUUCCAAAUUGGACUGGGAAGCUAUUGGGAAAAUUCUUGCACGAGGUCAUAGUCGUGUCCCUGUCUAUUCUGGAAAUCCAAAGAAUAUAAUUGGGCUCCUUCUGGUGAAAAGUCUGCUGACAGUUAGGGCAGAAACCGAGACUCCGGUAAGUGCUGUUUCCAUAAGAAGAAUUCCAAGGGUUCCAUCAGAUAUGCCUUUGUAUGAUAUCCUUAACGAGUUUCAAAAGGGAAGCAGUCAUAUGGCAGCUGUAGUGAAGGUUCAUGCAAAGAACAAGAAUUCUCAGCCUACCAGUGAUGGAGAGAAAUUCAACGAGAAAAAAUUCACCAAUGGGGAUUCUCAGUUACAUGCACCCUUGCUACCCAAGCAUGAUGAGAAAUCAGAAAGUUUCCUUAUUGAUUUUGAGAAAGAUGUAAGGCCUAUCACAAUCAAUGCAAAACAAGUUCUUGGUGCAGCAACAAAUAUAUCUCAUUUGUCAGAUGAUAUUGAAGAUAGGGAAGUCAUUGGUAUUAUUACACUAGAGGAUGUAUUUGAAGAACUUCUGCAAGAGGAAAUUGUGGAUGAGACAGAUGUAUAUGUUGAUGUACAUAAAAGAAUUCGUGUGGCUGCUGCAGCAGCUGCUUCUUCUGUGGCUAGAGCUCCAUCUAAUAGGAGGCUGACUGGUCAAAAGCCUGCAGACAUUGAUUGGGGACCGAUAUUUGGGAAGUGUUGCAGCAAGAAAUUUGCUAUUUCACUUUCAAAUCCAUGAGUUUGGGCAAAGCAAUAAAAGCACAUGCUUUUAUUUUUUUCCCUAUGAACAGAUUCAGCUUUAUACUACUUUGCUUACUAUGUUAGUUUUUC